AUGGCGGAACCAAUAGAUUACUCUAGAACCCAGCGAAUAGUCCUCCUCAUAGAUCUACAUCCACUUCUCACUUUCCAAAACCCUAACCACUACCUCAAUUCCAUACUCGCUACCUCCACGCGCCUCCUCACUUUCCCAUCUCUACGCAACUCGCUUUUCGCUUUCAAACUUUACUUCUCAUCACUUUCACCUCUCCGUUCCACCUCAGCACUAAACCACCUCCACGCGCCUCCUCUCUCCGUCGCUUUCAAUCACCCUGCUCAAACCCUAAAUUCGAUCACCGAAACCCUAAAUUCGAUCUCGAUACCAAUUACGGAAUUAGAGGUGAAUUGUUCUAAGGCUUGUUAUACUGCUAGUUCGUUGUUACAGCUGGUACACGAGUAUGUUUGGGAGACUGAUAUAGAGAGUCCUCCAGGUAAGUUAACUGGUGAGAUUAUUCCCAAGGUAUCGAGGAAUUUGGUUAUUUUGUUUUCGCCUAUUUGUAGAUCGUUGAGUGAUGUAGGUGAAUAUAUGAAUGUGGAUGUGAAUUCUGAGAGUUUUAAGGAUUUUGAAGGGUUUAAGGUUAAAUUUAGUGAGAUUUUUGGUGUUUUGAGGAAUACUUUUGAAAAUAGAAAUAUUCAUUUUAGUUGGAUCGACGUGAAAGAUGAAAAAAAGGAUGAUGAUGGUGGUGAAUGGUUGCCCAUGUUGGAGAAUGGAAUUAGGAGUUUUGAUUGGGGGAUUAGUUCGACUGAUAACGUUGUUUUAGGUUCCGCUUUGAUUCCAUUUGGCUUGAUAUAUCCUGAAAUUGGGCUGUCGUUUGAUAUUCUGAGAAGUACUGGUUCAUCUGUCAGAUGUUCGGCGCAGCUGAAUCUUGAGAUUGUUGAUGUGAAUGGGAAGCCUUUGGAAUGUAAGUUUUGUGAUCUUGAAUUGGUUAAUCCGACGACUUUGCCUAAGCUUAGAUCUGAAGAUAUUCUGAAUACGUUAGGACUUGGAGACGAGCGAAAUAAAGGGUGUGAUCAAGAAGAUACAUUUUGGUCUUGUUUUGGUGAAGGCUCGGUAAAUAUCUGUAUCAAGGCUGUGAAGAAGUGUGAUGUAGGAGAAAAGAUUGAAGGAUGCUCAUCUAGUUAUGUUCUAGUGCAGGAGUCUGCCAGAUGCAAAACUAAAUAUUGUAAUGGUGCUUGUGUGGAUGGAGUCCUUGAUGUAUUAUUUGGAGAAAAGGGUCAACAUGCGCUAGGAAAUUUCACAUUCGUGUGGAAAAUUCUUCUCAGUUUUUUGUAUAAAGAAAGCUAUUGGGCUUUAGUAACUGUAUCAAAUAGCAAUGGAAGUACAAUCACGGGUGUUCUAAGGCCUUUGACAGCGGAAUUGGCUCUUCUUUCAAGAAUAGAAAGUGGUCAUAAUGUAAAAAAAGAAGAUAAUUACGGAUCAAUCUUAAAACAGAUGAAUGACAUGAUCUGUGGCAGCUCUAAUGAAAUGAAUGACUCACAGCAGUUGAUUGGAUCCCAAACUGACUCUUCAACGUCUGCCAAUUGUGAACCACUAGGGGAUGGGAAAAGAAAAAAGAACAAGAAGUGUUCAACUCGGGAUUUGUCUCGGAGUUCAUUCCUCAAGGCAGCAUUUGAGUGUAAUGAUUUUGAAUUGGUAGAGGUUUGUUUAGCCAGGCAUAUUGAGAAACCAAAGAAGCUGAAGUUCUUGAAGUGCUGGAUGAAACAAAUCAAGAAGUCCAGCACCUCCUUGCUAACGGCCUCAGAUUCAUGUGAAAGACAGCAGGAACAGCCAUUCUCUAAACAUUUUCCCUCCGAUUCAAGCCUCAUACUGGAGGGAGAUGCACAGCUUUUAUGCUCAGAAACUGCAGAAGCCUUCUUCAAUAAUCUACCAAAGAAAAUCCAGCAUGCUCUACAAUCUGGAAGAGACUUGCACACUUUAGCAGAGCGACUAGUGAAGUCAUCAAUACAUGCAUUAUCCAAAAAGUAUGAGAAAGAUGACUAUAUAGGAGGUGAAUCCCAAAUUCCAAAAACAAAUGAUUCGUAUUGCAAGACUGUCCUUCCUGAACUUAUGAAGAUCCUACUAAGAAAGCCCAAAGAAAUGAAAGAGAAGCUGAAGCAUGAUAAUCCCUCUGAAGUAUCUGAUUUCAGUUCAAUCUCAGAAAAUAUUGUUCGAGAAUUUGAACUGCAGAUAUUGCUUCGGAUGGAAAUCCUUGGAUCAACCGUUUCUGAGAGUACUAAGGAGUCCUCCAAGCAGAAGCUGGUUAAAGAGAUCUGCUCCUUUUUGGAGAUCAUCCAAUAUCUUGUCGAAGGAGGCAUUCAUGGUCAUGUUAGCCUAUAUGAUUAUGUUGAACGCACUAUUCGGUUAAGGUACCAUAACAUCAUCGGAGAUGUUGUCAAUAGAAUUUAUACAGAAAUGGAUCUACUUCCGUUCGGUGAUGAAGAUGAAAAACAGGCUCAUCUUUUCAAUAGUGAGGACAGUAAUCAGUCCUGGAGGGAGAAACAAGAGAGGUAUGAAACAGCUGAAGCCAACAACACUCGACGAUCAGUCUCAGCAGAGGAUGAGUCUUGCCAACCACCAGAAAACAUUGAUGGGAGCUCCCAAGCAAUUGGAGGACAGGAACAUGCCCGCAAGUUAAGUGAAGCUCGUGAUCGGAGAGAGAAGGCUCGAAGAUUUGGAUCUUUCACAAGGAUGCCAGAUCUGCAAAGAGUUUGGGCCCCAAAGCAGCUUAAAACUGUAAAAACAAAGUAUGACGAUCAGAAGGAACUGAAAAGAAAAGAGCGGAAAAAAGGUCGCGAUAGUGUAGUAUACGAAACACCAAUGAGUGGAAGAUGGUCAUUCUCUCAAAGUGCUGGCGAUGAUGAUGAAAAGCUAAAAGGAAGCUCUUCUUCUGUUUCCAAGGCUCUCUUUCAAGAUUGGUGAUCAAAUUGCACCAGUAUUGUAGCUAUGAUACUCAUUGGAGGAACACUGUUGUAGAAAUAUGAAGCAUGCAAUCUCUAAUUAGAGUGAAAAUCAAAGCAUGAUAUUUAACUUUGUUGAAUUAUUUUUCAGAUAUAGAGAACGUUUCCCGCA